AUGUUGGUGGAGAAGACGUUUCUAAACAUCUUGUUCACGCGCCUCACCAAUGCGUGGGAGGAUUACGACUUCCGGCGAGCUGUAGUGGUCGUGAAUUUGCAGGAAGGAACAGGCGCACUUCUGGUGACGUUCUUCGCUUAUGUCGCCGACGUUCGCACCGGCCGCUUCAAAAUGGCGGUUUGCUCCACCGCGGUUUGCAUCAUCGGAUUAUCGCUCAACGCUCUUGCAGCUGGAAACGACGAGCAACGGCUUGAGUUUCGUCUAUUCUACCCAGCAUUGGCGCUCUUGACUCUAGCGGAAGCAGCGCUAACAUUCACUCUGCGAGCAUUUCUUGACGAUCAGCUGCGAGCCGCCCAAUUCACGGAUGGGAGACGCAGCAUGUUCUGGUGGAACUUUGUCGCCAUCGCGGCCGCCAUUUUCGCUCAGUUUGGGCCUUUAGCGGAUUUCGACUUUACGGAACUCGCACUAGUGUUAGCCGCCAUGAUGGAAUUUUUCUUCUUAUUGUUCUUGCUGGGUACCAAAUACUACGUCUUCGCCUCCACAGUUCCGAACCCUUUCAGAGAUGUUGGGUCCGUCAUCGUCAAAGCCGUUGCUAAGAGAAAAGUCGACUAUCCGCAAACUCCAGAAGGGCUAUUCCAAAACUCUAAUGGCGAUUUACAUGUCCCGCCUCGUGUUCCAUGGUUGAGGUGGGUAGACAGAGCAGCGAUCGUGCAAGGCGUAAUCCAACCGGGCGAGGCCGUCCCUUCCACCGUCGAACAAGUGAUGAGAGUGAAGCUUUUGCUGAAGAUGCUCCCAUUAUGGUCAUGUUUCCUCACCUUGAGCUUGGUUGCCGCUUCCGGCAGCACCUUCUUCGUCGAAGAAGCCUACAGCCUCAACGGCGGAAACAUACGCAACAUCAUCUUCUUCGCCAAUCUUCAGAGGUUCACACAGGCCGUAGUCUCGGAUAUAUCCUACUACACAAUCGAGCGUCUGAAGAGUUGCACUCACACUGAGCAGAAAAUGAAGCUGGUGAGAAUCGGCAUUGGGAUGUUUUGCUGCACGCUGUGCUGCGCGGUGGCCUGGGCCAACGCAGCAGCACGGAGGCAGCACGAUAUGAGCGUGUACUGGCUAACCCCGCGCUACUUGUUGUUGGGGAUAACGGGAGGACUCGCCGGGCAUGGGCUGGAAUCGUUCUACAGAUCUCAGGUUUUGGAGAGUUUGUUCAGAUUCGGGGCGCCGUUUGUGGAUCUCAUGAUGGGGGUUGGUAGAUAUCUGAGCAUCGUUUGUGUCUUCAUGUUUAGCGGAAAGUGGUUUCGGAAGGAUCUAGAAGACAGUCGCCUCGACAAGUACUAUAUUUUUUUAGGGUGUUUGAAUGUUGGGAACUUGGUGGUCUACUGUUUGGCGACGCGGUGGUACGGAGACGACGACUUCCUCGUGGAGGAAGAGACGGGGAUUGCAGAGCAGCAGUUGGUCGAGAUCGAGGGGCUCCCGGAGCCCCCAGAGAGAAGGUGUGGAGAAGAUAUAGUAGUAGAAGAAAGCUCAGCCUCCGGCCUCGGACAAGAGGCGGAGGCAUCUGAAGAUCCGCUUUUGGGGUCUUCGGAAUCCAACAAGAACAUAUCUACGUAUAAUUAUGUGUUGAUGCGUGCAGUAACGGUGUUUUUGCGUCUCAAGACGAGGGCAGAGCGCAAGCGGCGGUUGAAGGAUAAUUAG